AUGGCCUGCCUGGCUCCGCCCCGCCUCUGUCCCGGCUUCUCCGCGCCCUCCGAGCCUCGCCCCCAGGUUGGCUCCGCAGUCAGGAGUCGCCCCUCUCCUGCAGCCGCACCUGCAUCACACCCAUACCAGCCUCCGAGCCGGGACAGACUUCGUAGUCACCUGGCCUCGUCCCUCGAGUCCUGCUUUGCUUGGUUGGGUACUGUCGCCAUCAACGCACCGGGCCGUUCGCUCGGAUAA